UUCCGGCGGAAGGGCGGUCCUCACGGCGAGAGUCUUUUCUGCAGAGUGACCAGGGCAGGAGUUUGGCAAUAUGGUGCAAGAAUAUCCACUGCCGGCCAUACCUACGUGUUCCAAAGUCCGAUUUCGUCAUGGCCUGAAUCUGGCAGCUCCCUCGGGGAGGCAGCGCUGGGAGGGACCUGCGGGCCGGGGAGGAGCAGGGCUCAGCGCUCCACAGGGUCCGGCGAAGAAAAUCUCGGCAGAUGCACGGCCGCCUCCCCUCCGCCGCCGCGCUGGAGCUGGAAACGGAGUCCCGUGGGGCCGGGCGCCCGCCUGCUGAGCAGCGGCUCCUCCAGGCCUCGGCCCCCGAGCCUGAGCUGAAGGCGGUGGCGGUGCCCGGGACAGGGAGCGCGCUGCGCUGGUUCACCACCGCGGUCCUGUAUGCCUCCUUCCUGGGGCUGGGAAUGACUAUUGCUAUACUCGGACCCACGUUUCAAGACUUGGCAAGAAAUGUGAACCAAAAUAUGAGCAGUCUUUCUCAAAUAUUUGUGGGUCGUGCUUUGGGAUAUUUGGGUGGCUCUUUGAUUGGUGGAAUUCUUUUUGACUGUAUGAAUCACCUUUUACUUUUAGGAGUGUCACUAUUGGCUACCACAGUUGGUCUUUAUCUCAUUCCUUUUUGCAAGAGAGCAGUAUUACUGAUUGUCAUGAUGUCCAUCUUUGGUAUUUCAUAUGGAACUCUGGAUACAGGUGGGAACGUCCUUAUCUUAACUCUAUGGGGGGACAAAGGAGCCCCACAUAUGCAGGCCUUACACUUCAGUUUUGCCUUGGGUGCCUUUUUGGCUCCUAUUCUGGCAAAAUUGGCCUUGGGGACGACAGUGUCAGCUGAAAACCACACAGAGCCUGACCUUCACCAUCCAGCCCUCAACCGAUCACCUGAAGCCGACCCAGACCUUCUGUUUGCAGCACCUGAUGACUUGAACUUACUGUGGGCUUAUGCUUCCAUCGGCACUUACAUCUUUGUAGUUUCUGUCUUCCUGUUUGCUUUGUUUUUCAAGAAAACCUCGAAGCACGAAAAGUCAGCAGCAUCUGCUCAGGAAUCUCGAAGAGCUAAACAUCACAAGGCCCUGCUCUGCCUCCUUUUUCUGUUCUUCUUUUUUUACGUUGGAGCUGAGAUAACCUAUGGCUCUUACAUUUUCUCCUUUGCCACCACCCACGUUGGCCUGGAGGAAAGCGAAGCCGCCGGCUUGAACUCCAUCUUCUGGGGGACCUCUGCAGCCUGCAGGGGCCUGGCAAUCUUCUUUGCUGCAUGUUUACAGCCUGGCACCAUGAUUGUGCUGAGCAACAUUGGCAGCGUGGUCUCGUGUUUAUUCCUGGUGCUUUUUGACAAGAGCCCACUUUGUGUCUGGAUAGGGAGUUCUGUGUAUGGGGCCUCAAUGGCCACCACCUUUCCCAGUGGUAUUUCUUGGCUUGAGCAGUAUACGACCAUAAGUGGGAAAUCUGCGGCUUUUUUUGUAAUUGGUGGUGCUCUUGGAGAAAUGGCUAUUCCUGCAGUCAUUGGAAUUCUCCAGGGACAAUACCCAGAUUUGCCAGUAGUUCUGCACACAUGUUUGGGGUCAGCAGUAUUCACUGCUGUAUUAUUUCCUGUGAUGUAUAAGUUAGCCACCUUGCCUCUGGAUCGCCAGCAGAAAGAAAACAAGGAACAAGGACCAGAAAGCUUUGCCCUCUAGUUCUGGGCUAUGACAAAGAGAAUGAAGAGAAGGUGUAGAAGAAUGGAAUGAAAUGGAUUUGAAGUGGUUGCAGUAAAUGAUACAGUGAGGCAUUCUUUAACAUGGAUAUCUAGAAAUAGUUCGAUAGAGCCUAUAGCUGAAGUAUCCAACAAUUCAUCUCAGAUUAGAUGAAAUUUGCGUCUUCUCGAGUUAUCACUGGCAGGUUCCCCAGAAUCACCUUGUCAGAAACCAGGACACAAUGGUCUAACACUUAGAGAAGAUGGACUAUUUCCAAUUUCACUGAAUAACUGCCACUUCUAAGAGGCCAUUCAGAGCCAAGGAUUUAGCAGAUUUUCGGCAUCCUUUGAGGAUCUUACAAAUUGCUUCCACUUUUCAGCUAUCAUGCAGAAUGUUGUGUGAAUGAGUAAAGAAAUAACCUUUCUAUACUAUUUUUAAUUCUUUUGGAGUAUAUUCACAUAAGCAGGUCAUAUGAUAAUUCUAUUUAAAAUCUUUAAUGUAUUUUUAUUAUUUGGCUGUAUUGUUUUGGGUUAGUCAAUCUAGUUUAUCUAUAACACACCAGCUAUAGGAAAAGGAUAGAGAAACUCGUACUUUUAAAAAUAUUCUCUCAAACUGUAGUAGGCAUUUGGCCCAUUACAACCUGCUUAGUAUCACCCACAGUGAAGAAAUAACCCCAAAGAAAGCUUUUGCAAGGCAUCUAGUUCAGACUAUUUUUUCUCUUCUUCCAGAUUUUGAUCUGUAUUUUAGCAAGUGUUUAAGAUUUACCUGUGUUAACCACUGCACUGAUAAUGACACCCCUUUCUGUGAAGUACUGUACCAAAUAUCAUUAUUAUGUUUUGGGGCUUUGACCCCAACUUUGUGCUAUGUGAACUGUCCUGUAUUCCUUUGUUUACGAUGCUGGAGGUCACACCUUGACAUGACUGAUCUCAGUGCUUUACCUUAGAAGUAGAUGGUAUAUAGUAGGGAACCUUGAGCUGGGGUGGUCUCUACCUCUCCUGGAAUCUCUGCUCCUCUGUGUGGCCAUUCUGCCCCCCUAAUGCUCCUAUAAGGAGUUCCAGAAAGAAUUUUUGUGACCUAAGUAGAUUCCAUUGCCCUAUGGGGCCUAGCAUGGGAGUUGUAUGUCAGCAUAUGGAUGGGCUUGGCUUGGUUUGAUGUUGUUGCUCCCUUCCAGGUUUGGCCGCCUCUGUACUCCUGCCCCAGCUGAUUGGGGUCAGGGGGAUUUAAAAUUCCAAGGGAGCUUCCACUGUCAUGUCUAUACAAGAAUAGUACUAGACUUAGCGAAUACUGCUAAUGGGUGCUGAACUGGAUUGGCAGGCACUGAGACUGACAAUAUAAAUUGUUCUUUGCAACUGGAGUAGAAAAACUCCCAGAAAUUUAUAAACUUUUUACAGAACCUAUUAGACUUGUUAGUGAACUGCUUGAUUUUUUCAAGAAAAGUAAGUUCUGUCCCUAAAUAUUAGGGUAGCAUUUAUGCAUGAAUCAACUCUAAGUGAAUUCUUUAUUUGCAGAGGCGCUAUUGCAGUCCUAAGCUCUGGACUAGAAAGUUUCCUAGUCCUUGUAUUUCGGUCAUUUGACAUACAUCUACUGAGCAUUUACCAUGUUUACCAAGCACUGCCUUGGGAGUAACACAGGACAGGUACUGUUUCCUUUCACAGUGCUCACAUUCUACUCUUUCAUGUAAGAUUUGCUAGCCAUCACUUUAUUAGCUAAAGAGCAAUACAGAAUUUUAUAAUCAUUCCCAUGCAGUUCCAGGAAAGUAAAGUAGCUGAGUUCUCCUGGUGCAGUUGUUGACAUACAUACUUUCAUCUUAACAAGUUACUAGGGGAAGGCUUCUAAUGCAUAAAGUGAAAUCCCUUGAUGUGUGUUUGUGUUUGCAUAUCUCCAGGUGUCUCUGGUGUCUCUAACUCCAGGUGUCUCUGGUGUAAUUUGGUAAAAAUAAUUAGCUUGGUGCAGAUAAGGUUAACACGGCUAAAGCCUGCCUAAGAAGCCUGCAGCUAGGGAUGUGACCCCAGGGUUGGGAUUUCCUCAUAACAGCCAGUGGGUGCAUUCCAUGCUUGAGCUGGCUAUUGGGUUAUACCUGCCAACAUGUAGGGUAACUGAGCUGGUUCUCAGCUUUCAGCUUUUUCCCUGAUUGCUUGCAGCAGGAGACUGAGGUGCCUUUACCUUGUUGAAAAAUGACUCAGAGACAGAAGCAUUUCAGAAAGGAAAAAUUUACCUGCAAGGAAAACAAGAGCAGGCCUAUCUUGCCAAAUGAAAAAAUAUAAUGUUCAAAGGAAAAUAAUUAAAAAAUGCAAAGAUU